AUGCCUCCUCGCACGUCUUCUCUCCAACAACCUCCAGCUGCCGUUAUGAGCUACUUCGACUUUCAGCCCGAGGAUUGCUCGGUGUCGCCGGUCAAGAAGAGCAACCUCCGCUGCCUUGAUGCAUUCCAUGACCGCCCUACUACACCUUUCGAGUACCCUGCCAAUGCAAGCAUCUAUGCAAAGCGUGCUCUUCCUCCUCUUCCAACACCCUCAGCUCUUCCUGCACUCCGCAACUGCUCAUCAUCAGAGUCCAUGGCUUCAUCAGGACCCGUAAGCCGACCAAGCACUGCCAUGUCCUGCAGACAGGACAAGUCUCUUCCUCCUCUUCCCUUCCGCCUUCAAAGAUCACCUUCAUUCGAUGAGGAUGAGUCUGGAAAGGAGAACGCAAUCAUUGUCCAGCAAGUCUCAAGGCCUCGCCAACACCGUGGCUACAGCUUCCGCAGCCUGCUCAACAGACACUCUGAGGAUGAGUUCCCUCUCGCAUCACCCAAGAGUGGCUACAGUGUUACCCGUGACUCUCGCACUGAUUCAGUCAUGGGAGACUACAGCCUUUGCCAAGUCAAGACCAACGGUACCAUCUCUGCUACUAGCAGCAGACGCCCCUCAGCUCUUUCUCUCACUCACCUCAAGGCUGCCUCAAAGAAGAUCAACGCCAGCGCACCUCCAGUGCCCUCUCGUCCUUCCUCGCGCAAGGGCAGCACCAGCAACCAACACCGCUGGGGCACUCUCUUCCGCACUGUUGAGGAUGACAAGGAGGACAUUCCUGCCAUGCCCACCACUCCUGGUAUGAUGCCCGACAUCAGCUUCAACCGCUGCUACUACUUCUACGCCCGCAACUGCAACGGCUACGUCCUUUCUGGCAGCUCCAGUGGCGAUGCUUGCGAGAACUGCGCUCACUCUGGUUUCUUGGGCUCGCCUUGA